GCAAGCGCAGUUUCUCCAGGACGCGGAGAGCAGAAGAGGGCGACGGAAAAAUGGCCCUCGAUAAUUUAAUUUUUGCCCAGUGCAUCCUCUAUUUUUUAGCCUUCGUAUUCGGUUUCAUCGCCGUGGUGCCUCUGUCCGAAAACACGGAGGACUUCGGGGGGAGAUGCCUGCUCUUCACGCGGGGUAUGUGGCAAAACGAGAACAUCACUGUGUCGAAGCAGCGCUUCAUCGUGGAGGAGUGGGGACCCGAGUCCUCCUGCAGCUUCGUCACUUUUGUCGGGAUAGCGUCCCUCAUUCUGUCCGCAGUGCAGGCGUGGAGGCUGCUGUUCUUCCUGUGCAAAGGACACGAUGACUCCAUCUUCAACGCCUUCCUCAAUCUGCUAAUCAGCUCCCUGGUGGUGUUCACAGUCUUCCUGUCCAGCACCAUCGUCAGCGUGGGUUUCAACCUGUGGUGCGAUGCCAUCACCGAGGGUGGGACCAUGCCCAGCAGCUGUGAGGACCUGCAGGACACUGAUCUAGAGCUCGGCCUGGACAACUCUGCGUUUUAUGACCAGUUUGCAAUAGCUCAGUUUGGCCUGUGGGCUGCCUGGCUCACCUGGCUUGGGAUCGCAGUCAUGGCCUUCCUGAAGGUCUACCAUAACUACAGACAAGAGGACCUGCUGGACAGCCUGAUCCACGAGAAGGACCUGCUGCUCAGCCGCUCCUCACGCCACAGCUCUGACCUAAAGACCGGCCUGAUCUAGAAAAUCAGAGGAAUGUGCAGACACACAGAGUCAUUCACAAUACACCGUACAGUCUUCUUGCCUGCCAUGAGAAACACCAGUGUUUGCCUCUGUAGACAAUCAGAAUCAAUUGGCUUUUGCUCCCAUUGACCAUGGAUUGAAUAAAACAGUAGCUUUGUUUUCUAGAGAUGAUUGAUUUCCCCUCAAAAAACCUUCCAAUGGUUGCUAACCCUUGAAGAGUCCUGCUUUGUUGAGUUCAUUCAUCCCUCUGUGUGCACUCCUCUUCAAGACAUGCAACCAUAACUAAACUUUGAUAGUAUUAAAACCAUUCAGUGGAAAUGUAUGCCAAGUUUUUCUCCUCCUUUCUCAUGAGUUUCAGUUUAGCAACACAGUAUUAACGACUUGGACAGAUUGGCCGACGGAUCACCUUUGUCUUUGUGAAUCUUCUGCAUGGACCUAAUGCAUGACAAAUUAAUAGGGUGGUUUUUAGAUGUAAAGGGAUGUUCUCUUUUUUUUAUACACCAAUAAAUGUGUUCCUAUAGGCCUUUUUUUCUGGUAGGAUGUGCACUGCGUCGUGUUGAAGUGAGAAUUCUUUGCAUGCUGCAGCAAAGUAAAAUGAUGUGUGCUUUUGCAGUGUAUUCACACUUUUAUCGACAGUUACAUAAAGGUGUUUUAUAAAAAUGACAAACUGUAGUUCAGAACAUUCGUGUAUCAGGCAGCCGGUCCAAAAAUGCUUUAAGCAGCUUGUGUGAGAAAAAACAACAGAUCCUAUCUUGUGCCAUAUAGUAACUCAGGCUUGUCCCCCACACCUUAUAGGCUAGAAGCGAAUAUACUGCAUUACUGUGAAUAGAUGCACAAAUGUACCUGCAUGCAUCUCUCUCCCUGUUUCACUCACAUCAAGCACUCACUCGCUGUCAGAGGUUACAGGAAGAAAGCAAGUCAUCUGCUUGACUUUGAUAGGCAAUG